GCCCGCCCGGGACACGCACACACGCACGCACACACAGUCACCUCCAAAGGACCCUCCAGGAGUCUCUAGGACCCUCUUUAAGCCCCGGAGUCGCCCCUACCGCCCUCCCCUCCUCCCCAGAGCCCCAGGCGGGGACCCCAGCAUCGGACGUCCCCGCUCCUCUGGGCACCUGGCUCAGCGGGAGUCCCCCGGGUCGGGGCAGGGCCGGGCCGGCGGCGGCGAGCCGGAGCCCGCCCGGCGCCCGGGCCCUGCCGAGCCCUCGGAACCCACCCAUGGGGCUCCGGCUCCUCGUGCCCCCUCGCCCGGCCGCGCCCAGCCCGGCGCCCCGAGCCGCGCAGAGGAGGAGCCCGGCGCAGUGACCCGGGAGCCGCCGCAGACCCCGGAAAGCUCGGCGGCGGCUGCCGGAGAGGCAGGCGGUUCCUCGCACCUCCAGGCGCUUCCAGGCAGCCCUCCGAGCCGUGCCAGAGGCCCGGGCCGCCGUUCCCAGCCCCGAGCCAUGAUGAAGACCUUGUCCAGCGGGAACUGCGCGCUCAGCGUGCCUGCCAAGAACUCUUACCGCAUGGUGGUGCUGGGCGCCUCGAGGGUGGGCAAGAGCUCCAUCGUCUCCCGCUUCCUCAACGGCCGCUUCGAGGACCAGUACACACCCACCAUCGAGGACUUCCACCGCAAGGUCUACAACAUCCGUGGCGACAUGUACCAGCUGGACAUCCUGGACACGUCCGGCAACCACCCCUUCCCCGCCAUGCGCAGGCUCUCCAUCCUCACAGGCGACGUCUUCAUCCUGGUGUUCAGCCUGGAUAACCGGGAGUCCUUCGAUGAGGUCAAGCGCCUCCAGAAGCAGAUCCUGGAGGUCAAGUCCUGCCUGAAGAACAAGACCAAGGAGGCGGCCGAGCUGCCCAUGGUCAUCUGCGGCAACAAGAACGACCACGGCGAGCUGUGCCGCCAGGUGCCCGCCACGGAGGCCGAGCUGCUGGUGUCGGGCGACGAGAACUGCGCCUACUUCGAGGUUUCGGCCAAGAAGAACACCAACGUGGACGAGAUGUUCUAUGUGCUCUUCAGCAUGGCCAAGCUGCCGCACGAGAUGAGCCCCGCCCUGCACCGCAAGAUCUCCGUGCAGUACGGUGAGGCCUUCCACCCCCGGCCCUUCUGCAUGCGCCGCGUCAAGGAGAUGGACGCCUAUGGCAUGGUGUCGCCCUUCGCCCGCCGCCCCAGCGUCAACAGUGACCUCAAGUACAUCAAGGCCAAAGUCCUUCGGGAGGGCCAGGCCCGAGAGCGGGACAAAUGCACCAUCCAGUGAGCGGGAGGGAGGCCGGGCAGUGCCUUACGAGAGGUGGCCCCAGAUGCCCACUGCCCGCGUCCUCCCAACGAGACCCCACGGCAGUCGUGUUCAAAGACCUUUGGCGCCAGCCCAGAGGACCCCAGCCUCUAACCUCUGUACAUUCUCCUGCCUUCUCUCCACUUCCCUUGGAUCCCUCUUCUCCACGGCGGCCCCGCGGUUUCAUCUCCUCCAUGGGGAGAUGGGUCUCUGCGGGGCGGGAGACAAGGUCGGGAGACAUCUGGGCUUAGGCAGGGACCCCAGUCCGAGCCUUCCUGUCCUUGGGUUGUAAGAAAUGCCGAUGCCAGAGGGGCCGUGAUUCCUGCAUCCAACAGAACCUCCUGGAACAGUCACAGAAUAAAAACAAUGCCCAGAGCCAGAUGGGGGAGGUUGCUGCUGUCCUGGUGUAAGACCCAGCUUAGUUUAGGUGGCAGCUGGGAGACACCCCCCAUCCUGAAAAUCUUGCCCUCUGACUCAGCUGUUUCUA